CCAAUUCACCCAGUGUAGGAGAGGAUCACACACACACACACACACACACUCGGUGCAGGUUUAUCUCGGGCUAAGGAGACAGAUCUGACGCUUGUGCACGAGCUCUGCACGGGACAGCAGGGUGAGCGUGCUGGAUUUUACACGCACGCGCGCGCGCACACACACACACACACCCACAUCCGGGAUGUUUACAAACCGAGCUCGCCUUUCUUCCGCGCGUGACCCGUCGGUACCGAGCCAGUCGUGACGUCAUCAGCGCUUUUAUCCUUCAGUGACUAUAUAAUACACAUCAUCUCUCUCUCUCUCUCUCUCUCUCUCUCUCUGUGUGUGUGUGUGUGUGUGCUCGCCAUGGGACACCCUCCGCUCGAGUUCAGUGACUGUUACUCAGACAGUCCGGACUUCAGAGACAGACUCAAGAGUUACGAGCUCGAGCUCGAGAAGACCAGCAAGUUCCUCAAGGACGUCAUUAAGGAUGGACAUAACGUCAUCACCGCCAUCAAAGGCUACUCUCUGGCGGUACAAAAGUUCUCUCAAACCCUGCAGUCGUUUCAGUUCGACUUCAUUGGCGACACGUUAACUGAUGACGAAAUGAACAUCGCUGAGUCGUUCCGAGAGUUCGCUGGUCUGCUUCAGGAAGUGGAGGAGGACAGAAUGAUGCUGGUGCAGAACGCUUGUGAUCUGCUUAUUAAACCUCUGGAGAAGUUUAGAAAAGAUCAAAUUGGUGUAACAAAAGAGCGACGUAAGAAGUUUGAGAAGGAGAGUGAGAAAUAUUACUCUCAACUGGACAAGCACCUGAACCUGUCGUCCAAAAAGAAAGAGACCCAACUACAGGAGGCCGAUGAACAGCUGGAAAAGGAGAAACAGAUGUUCUACGAGUCAUCAGUGGAAUAUGUUUAUCAGAUCCAACAGGUUGAAGACAGGAAGAAGUUUGACAUUGUGGAGCCCGUGUUGGCAUUCCUGCAAAGUAUUCUGACUUUGAAUAAUCUGACAGUGGAGAUGACUCAGGACUUCCUGCCUUACAAACAGGAGCUCCAGCUCAGCCUGCAGAAUACGCGUAAUCACUUUGAGAGCACGCGUGAGGAGAUGGAGGAGCUGAUGAAGAGGAUGAAGCAGCCGAAACCCAAGUUUGUCAGAACACAGCAGCAGCCCACCAUCCAAGGCUACCUCUACAUCCACGAGAAAUGGGCUUUGGGAAUGACCUGGGUGAGGUAUUACUGUAAAUAUCUGAAGAACAAUAAACUCUUAGUGAUGCUGCCGACUGAACAGAAACCUGGAACCAAACAGGGUCCUGUUGAGCUGACUCUAAAAUCAUGUAUUCGACGUAAAAGUGACUCCAUCGAUAAACGCUUCUGCUUCGACAUCGAGACACAGGAGAGGCCGUUGGUGACUCUGCAGGCGAUGUCCGAGUCCAACAGGAAGCAGUGGAUCGAGGCGAUGGACGGAAAAGAGCCUAUUUACUGUUCCCCGAUUCAGAAACAAGCUGAAAUGGAGCUGAACGAGGUCGGGUUCAAGUUCGUGAGGAAGUGCAUCAACGCGGUGGAAGCCAAAGGUCUGGAUCAGGAGGGGGUUUACAGGACCGUCGGCAGCAACAUCCAAGUGCAGAAACUGCUGAACACCUUCUUCGACUCCAAAUGUCCUGGUGACGUGGACUUGAACAGCAAUGAGUGGGACAUCAAAACCAUCACCAGCGCCAUGAAGUUCUAUUUGCGGAGCCUGACUGAGCCACUCAUGACCUACAGCCUGCACAGGGAGCUUAUCAGCGCAGCAAAAUCAGAGAAUCUAGAUUACCGUUUGGGGGCGGUGCACGCUCUGGUGUACAAACUACCAGAACAGAACCGUGAGAUGCUGCGGCUGCUCAUCAAACACCUUGUCAGUGUGUGCAGCCAAAGCAGCGAGAACCUGAUGACGCCGUCCAACAUGGGCGUGAUCUUCGGCCCGACUUUGCUGAGAGCCGAAGAGGAGACGGUGGCGGCCAUGUUGGAUAUUAAAUUCCAGAACAUUGUCAUUGAGAUCCUGAUCGAGGACUACAAAAAGAUCUUCAGCGGCCCUCCCGAGGAAAGCUCCGCCCCUCCUGUUCCGCCCCCGAGGGCGGCGCCGAGAAGACGACAGCCAAUCACCAUCUCCAAAAGGCCUCCGAGGCUUUACUCCAGCCUCCUGCCGCCGGUCUUCGCGAGUCAAGUGCAGCUUAAUGGUGCAGCUUACAACGAUUCCGAUUCUGGAGGGGACGCCACCAGUGUCAGUCCAGUACCACCUCAGAGAAUGAAAUUAACUCCUCCUACUGUGGCACCACCUUCCAUCCCUCCAUCCCGGGUUGCUCCUCAGCGUCAAGCCAUCCCUCCUAAGCCCACCGUCCACCAGGAUUGCUUCUCUGACCCUGAUGUCUCCAAGCUUGUUUCUAGAAUACAGGACACCGGUCAGCACUUGGACAACGGGGACUCAAGAGCAUCAGUGGGCCGGACUCAGUCAUUCCAGACCAGAAAACCUCAGCAGCGGGUCAUUACAGCAACCAGAGAUGCCGAGAGCGAUGGGAUUAAGAGUCGCCCUGCUGCUGAGAAAAGUUCCAUCUGUCGGCCCCCGACACGUCCUCCGGACCCGCCUUCGCGAUGUCCGGCCAAUCAGAAAACGCAGAACGACACGCCAGCAUCGUAUGUUGCUUCCAAAACCAAGUUUUUUGAAAAUGCAUCGAGACAGACUGGAAGCUCUUCAUCCAAUUCAUCAGCGAGCAGUGAUUUGCCGAGAUGAGACAUGACUUCAUUCACUCUUUAAUCUCAUUUAAAGAUCUCUAAACAGGAAACUCAGAAGCUACGACUUUAUUUUUUAUUAUCGUUGUUAUUAUUAUUAUUGUUGUUGUUGUUACUACAUUUCAGUCAGUGUGAUGCAUGACACCUUUCCUUUUGUCUUUGUUACUAACAUGUUGAAGUUUACUGAAUGUUUUCAUCACACUUUUAAAACACACCUCUCCACUACAAACCCAGACUUUUAAUGGGUUUACAUCUCUCUCUUUCUUUUUAUUAUUAAAUAUUACAACAAGA